AUGGCCUUCUUCACUACUCAAUCCGGCCUUGGGCCCCUCUUCGUCCUCAAUGAGCACGAGCUUGCCAACCAACUCAAGUCUCCCCAAUGUUGCAAGUCCAACCAGUGCACCAAGUCAAGCCAAUGCACCAAGCCCAACCAGUGCACCAAGUCAAGCCAAUGCACCAAGCCCAACCAAUGCACCAAGAUCCAACAGUGCACCAAAAUCCAAACACCCACCUCCUUCAUGCCCGCCUUUGACGUGCGCGAGUUGACGCACGCCUACCGCCUAGACGGCGAACUGCCAGGCGUGGACCAGAGCAACAUCGAGAUCGAAUUCACCGAUCCCCACACACUCGUGAUCAAGGGCCACACCGACCGCGAGUACAUCAGUGACGACACCAACAACGGCUCAGCCUCAGCCAGCUCCAGCCGCAGCUCGUCAGCCGCAGGCUGGCACCAAGCCACCGUCGAAGACGAGGACGCAGCGUCGACUGCUAGCUCCACCGACACCGCUGCUUCCAGCAAUGCGGUUUCCCACGCUGCCAAGGACGACCAGCCGCACUUCUGGGCGAAGGAGAGGUCGAUCGGUGACUUCCAGCGCACUUUCAGCUUCACCGCGCGCGUCGAUCAGGAUGCUGUUCGCGCUAGUUUGAAGAACGGGGUCUUGUCGGUUAUUGUGCCGAAAGAGGCUGCCCCUACGCCGAAGAAGAUUCGCAUUCUCUGA